CAGUUCGAGGUAUCAUGGUAUGAACGUUAUGGAAACGAGUCAAUACCAUAUUUUCCAAUUCCAAAAUUCUACGCCGCCGAAAAUGUUACUGUACCGGAGACUGGCAUCAUUAUUAUGGAAGAUUUGAGUGAACGUGUAAAAGCUAUGGACUUUAUUCCAGGAUUUUCGUUCGAUCAGAUCGAAAGACUAAUGGACGCUCUGGCCGGGUUUCAUUACCACUUCAUAUCGAAGAAGGACCAGUCAUGGGUUGACGAAUUCGACCGUGCCUCCGAGGUUGAUACGGACUUCCAAAACCUACAGUACGAAUCUGCGCUCAACUUCGAAAACAUUUGUCCAGAAAAAUUCGCAGGAAAAGUAGCACCUUUGAAAGAGCACUUCAGUAAUGAGGCAGCAGUAAGAGCUCUCUACUCCUACAAAGAGCUAGGUGUUCCUCCAGUUUUGGUGCAUUUUGAUUUGAAUCCCACAAACAUCUUAUGGGACCCAAAUCCAGCAAAAUCGAAUGAGCUUGUCGCAGUCAUUGAUUUCCAACAGCUUCAUACUGGGAACUUCGCCGAGGAUAUUGUUCGAGUCUUGAUCAUUUCGUUAUCGCGUAAUGAUCGAAGUCUGAUGACUGAAAGGUAG